AUGAGUCUGACCGAGGGCCUUAUCGUGCUUCCGGGCAGCGUGCUCUACGAGCGCUGCGGCCCCCGGCUCGUCGUACUGCUCGGCAGUGUGGUGGCCAGCGGAGCCACCGCGCUGACGAGUGUCUCCGUCAAAACGUCCCUGAUGUGGGUGAUCAUGACGUACGGCGUGAUGAACGGCGUGGGAAUGGGACUGGUGUACACCGUGCCGUUGCUGGUCGGCUGCAAGUGGUUCCCAAACAGCAAGGGCAGGGUGAGCGGAAUAUUGACCGCCGGCUUCGGUCUCAGUGGCAUGGUCUUCACCGCCAUACAGACCAGCUUCAUCAACCCUGAUAAUGUGUCUACGGAGGAGGACGGCUUCUUCCGCGAUGCGGCGCUGCUGGAUCGCGUUCCGAAGGUGUUUCUGCUGCAGUUUGCCUUCGAUAUAGUUGCAUCCCUGUGGAAGGCCUUUGGCCAAACCUUCAUCAAAGACGAUCGCUUCCUCGAGCUUGUUGGUUCGGGUUCCUCCAUCUGCAAAAUGCUGGGUAGCAUAACGACAGCGUAG